UUCCUUUUCAGAAAAGGAAAACCACUAGGUGAGAGCCGCCUAUAAAUAUACAAAGACGAGAAGAAAAAACAGAGACAAAAGCACACACGCAAAAGUCAAUUUUCCUGUUUCCUAAGGAAUUGCUGUCUUGUUCGGUCGUCGGUGGUUUUUUAAAGAGAACGAGAUAAAGAUAGAGACGGUGGCUUUGUCAUUGAAAUUCGUACUCCGAUUUUGUUUCAGGUCAGGGUAAUCGAUCUUACUGGUAGUAUGGAGGAGGUAAAAUGGGAUGCGAUAAAGAACGGUAGACGGUUGAUGAAGAGUUCGACGGAGAGGAAUCCUAAGCAGCCACUUUGUUGGAUUGCAUCUGCGAGGUUGGAGGAGGACGCUGGGGAAAUGGAGGCAGCGAGGCAAUUGAUUCAGAAAGGAUGUGAGGAGUGCCCAAAUAGUGUGGAUGUGUGGUUGGAGGCGUGUAGGAUUGCGAAUGCGAGGAGCAGCCCCAAUUCCAAUGAAGCAGGUAAGGCUGUGAUUGCCCGUGGAUUGAAUUUGAUACCCAAUUCGGUGAAGUUGUGGAUGCAGGCUGCAAAUUUGGAGCAUGAUGACUCGAAUAAGAGCAGGGUUUUGAGUAGAGGAUUGCAACACAUUCCUGAUUCCGUUCUGCUGCGGAAGGCGGUGGUUGAGCUCGCCACUGCCGAGAAAUCGAAUGAGGAGGAGGAGGAGGAGAAUGCAAAUGCAAAGCAGAGCAUGAACUUGUCUUGGGAACCUGAGAGAGCUAGAAUGAUUCUUGCCGAAGCCCGAAAAAGGGGGGGAGGCACAGAGAGAGUAUGGAUGAAAUCAGCAAUUGUUGAGAGAGGAUUAGGGAAUGUUGAAGAGGAGAGGAAAUUGCUUGAUGAAGGGUUGAAGAAAUUUCCUUCGUUCUUUAAAUUGUGGUUGAUGCUUGGACAGCUAGAGGAACGGCUUGAUCGUUUGGAAAAAGCCAAGGAGGCUUAUGACUCGGGGCUGAAGCACUGCCCCAAUUCUAUACCGCUCUGGCUUUCUCUUGUUAACCUUGAAGAGAAUUUGAAUGGGGUGACUAGUGCUCGUGCAGUCCUCACACAAGCCAGGAACAAAAAUCCUCACAACCCUCAACUGUGGCUUGCUGCAACUCGAACUGAAUUGAGGCAUGGUAAUAACAAGGAAGCUGAUAUUUUGAUGGUGAGGGCUUUGCAUGAGUGUCCCAAUAGUGGUAUCUUGUGGGCAGCAUAUAUCGAGAGUAUGGUACCCCUCCCCCCUUCUCAAUGGAUAGCCAAGAUUAUGGAUGCCUUUAGGAAAUGUGAUUACGAUCCCCACGUCAUUGCUGCUGUGGCCAAUUUAUUCUGGCAUCACAGUGAGGUUAAGAGAGCUAGGACUUGGCUCGACAGGGCCGUCACAAUUGCCCCAGAUAUUGGGGAUUUCUGGGCUUUGUACUUCAAAUUUGAACUUCAGCAUGGGACUGAUGAGAACCAGAAGGAUGUUUUGCGAAGAUGCAUUGCUUCACAACCAAAGCAUGGUGAAAAAUGGCAACCUAUUUCCAAGGCCCUGCACAACUCUCACCAACCAACUGAAGCUAUCUUGCAUCAAGUGGUGGCUGUACUCGGCAAGGAAGAGAGCUCGCAGCAGGCAAGGCAGGCGCCCCAAACUGAUAGACUCUAGUCGUCCGUUCUCCUGGCUUCUCCUGUUUCCAGGUUAUAUUUCUUCUAAAAUGUUCUCCAAAGUUGGACCUUUACCAGCAGUUUCACUUGUGGGCAUCCUAUUUAUAUGUUACUCUAUUUACUUAUGAGCUUUUCUCAAUUUCAUUUUUUAUUGCCAAUUGCCUUUGGAUGGUUCGGUGAUGAGGCUUGGCUUGACUUAAUAAUUACUUCUUGUUCCUAUAUCUAUAUCUAUAUAUAUGUCAUUUUAUACAUA